UUGCGCCCCGCUGUACGGGGCCAGGCGGGGGGAGAUGGGGACAGCGAGGUGUCAAUCGUCAUGGCUUUCUGUCCUCUUGUGCAGGGGAAAGAUGAAGCGGUAACCGCUCCGGACGGAGGACCCGCCACCGCUGAGCGAGACCCAGCUGCGCGACGGCAGAGCCCCCGCAGCCCCCAGCCCUGCCCGCAGGCAGCACCGGCCCGGCCGCCUGCUCCACGGCGGGCACGUCCCCGGGCAGGGGGCUCGGGAGAGCCAGCGUGGCUCGUCUCAGCGGGACGUGACCGAGAUGAGCAUGGUAAAGAGCCUAGAGCGGCUGGAGCAGCGGCUGGCUGUGAUGGUGGCUGCCCAGGAGACUUCUCAGGCCUGGUCUUCACUGGGAGAGGAGGGGCCGGCAACCAUGAAAAAGGACAAGAGCCACGGCCGGGAUGAGGCAGACUGCAGGGCAGAGCUGAUCCUCAUCAACGGGGACUGCACCGAUCCUCCUAACGACGAACCCCCCCUUCUUCUGGAGGCGAAUGGGAAGCCCAGCACUCCAGAUGCUGGGGGCCUGGGGCUGCCGUCCCUGAAGAACAACAAGAAGGUGAGCAAGGGAGAGCUCUCCAAGGAGGACCUGUCCUGGCCGCUCGCUCUCACGGGGGCACAGGAGGUGCGGCCCCGGGGCAGCGCUGGUUGGGAGAGCAGCCUCAGGCAGAAGCCCCCCGUCCGCCUCAUCUUCCAGGCAGGGCAGACCCGGCACGAGAUGAAGAUCAAGGAAACAAACAGUGUGGAGACUCUCAGGGACCUGCCAGCUCCCCUGCGGAGCUCCAAGCGGCGCUCGGCCGCAUCCAUCCCCAUGACCACCAUCGACCUGACGGAGGAGGACUCCCGGGACUCGUCCCGCAGCAGCAGCACGCUCUCCGGCAGCAGCUCCCAGGAGGGCCAGAAUGGCUCCACCGAGCUGGGGGCCGAGGAGCCGGAGAGCAGAGACGUGGGGAUGGCACUGGAGUACCAGGACGGGAAGGAAUUUGGAAUUGGGGAGCUCGUCUGGGGAAAGAUCAAAGGUUUCUCCUGGUGGCCUGCGAUCGUCGUCUCCUACAGAGCCACGGCCAAGCGCCAGGCUGUCUCAGGCAUGCGAUGGGUGCAGUGGUUCGGAGACGGGAAGUUCUCUGAGGUUUCUGCAGACAAGCUGGUGGGACUGAUGGCCUUUAGGCAGCAUUUCAAUUCUUCCACGUUUAAUAAGCUGGUCUCCUACCGACGAGCCAUAUACCAUGCCCUGGAGGUUGCCCGGAGCCGGUCGGGGAAGACGUUUGCAGCCGCCCCUGGGGAGUCCCUGGAGGAGCAGCUGAAGCCCAUGAUCGACUGGGCGCUCACCGGCUUCAAACCCUUGGGCUUCAAGGGACUGAGACCACCCAAAGCCUCAGAGAACGGGGCCCUGAGGAACGGGACGGAGGAGGUGCUGUCCCUUGAGCAGUGCCCCCCCACCAAGAGGCUGAAGACCAACCCCUGCAACAACAGCAAGGAGCAGCGAGUGGAAGAGGACCAGACCCGAGAGCAAAUGGUUUCCGAAGUUACGAACAACAGUGGGAGUCUCGAAGACAGCUGUUUGUCCUGUGGGAGGAGAAACCCGGCCACCUUUCAUCCGCUGUUUGAGGGGGGCCUCUGCCAGACGUGCAGGGAUAGAUUCCUGGAGCUCUUCUACAUGUACGACGAAGACGGCUACCAGUCUUACUGCACUGUCUGCUGCGAAGGCAAGGAGCUGCUGCUCUGCAGCAAUGCCAGCUGCUGCAGGUGCUUCUGUGUGGAGUGUCUGGAGGUCCUGGUGGGGCGAGGGACGUCGGCCAAGGCAAAAGAGCAGGAGCCCUGGAACUGCUACAUGUGCCAGCCCCAGAGGAGCUACGGGGUGCUGCAGCGCCGGCAGGACUGGAACACCCGUCUGCAGGACUUCUUCACCAGUGACAAGGGACAGGAAUACGCUGCACCCAAAAUCUACCCAACGGUCCCACCAGCGAAGAGGAGACCCAUUCGAGUGCUCUCUUUAUUUGAUGGCAUAGCAACAGGACAUGCAAGAGUCGCCACAUCGAGCUUCUGUGCUGACGAAGGAGACUGGGACACUAAAGAGAGCAGUGCAACCUCAGACCUCUGUCCCUUGGCAGGAUACCUGGUGCUGAAGGACUUGGGCAUCCAAGUGGAGAAGUACAUUGCCUCAGAGAUCUGCGAAGACCCCAUUGCUGUGGGCACCACGCGGCAGGAGGGCAACAUCACCUACGUGCACGACGUCAGGAACAUAACCAAGAGAAAUAUUGAGGAGUGGGGUCCUUUUGACCUGGUGAUUGGUGGAAGCCCCUGUAACGACCUCUCCCUUGUCAAUCCAGCCAGGAAGGGGCUGUAUGAAGGAACCGGGAGACUGUUCUUCGAAUUUUACCACCUGCUCAACUACGCCCGUCCCAAGGCGGGAGAGGAGCGCCCCUUCUUUUGGAUGUUCGAGAACAUGGUGGCCAUGAGGGUCAACGACAAGAGGGACAUUUCUCGGUUUCUGGAGUGUAACCCAGUUAUGAUUGAUGCUAUCAAGAUAUCAGCUGCCCACCGAGCACGCUAUUUCUGGGGCAACCUUCCAGGCAUGAACAGGAUCUUUGGCUUCCCCCUCCACUACACAGAUGUCUCCAACAUCGGCCGCGGGGCUCGCCAGAAGCUGCUGGGGAGAUCGUGGAGCGUCCCCGUCAUCCGGCACCUCUUUUCCCCGCUCAAGGAUUACUUUGCCUGCGAAUAGCAAGCCGAGCGUCCCUCGUCUCUCUGGUAAAGAUGCACAGCUCCGCUGCUGUGGCGGGAGAGGGACGGGCACGGCCGCCAGACUCUGCCACGGCACCAUUCCUCCCCGGCCACAUGCUGUGGGAAGGCAGCCUGGCCCUGCAGGGAGAGCUGAGGAAAUGUCUUUAACCAAAGAACCUGGCAGGGUAACUUUUCUUUAAAGGGACUAACGGCAGUGAUACGUAGAAAAUGAUGGACAAAAGAGCUUUAAUUACCCAGUGCAGGAAGCUCUAUGCAUAACUGAUGAGAUGGGAAGUCUCUUCCAGAGCAUUAAAUAUUCCGUUUUAGCCUAGAGCUGGAAAGUCACAACUUGCUGAGCAGUAAGUGUGGAGGCAGCUGCCGGGGUGCUGCAGGCAAACUUGAACUAUAGUGAAUUACUGCUUUUCCUAAACAAACAAAACCUCUCUUGAAGCAACUGCCAAAAAUCCCCAAACUGUAGCAGCAGGUGUAAGGGACCCUGGUCAGGUUACAUACACUGAACAUGCAGGAUACAGAAACCAAAUCUUUUUUAUUUUUAAGACUUUUUUGAUGAACUUUAAUUUUGUUGUUUAACGUCUAUUGCUGCUUUAAGGCAUUACAUAAGAAUGUGGAGAUUCCUAGACCUGAAUGUAGCUGAAACUGAACUGUGAGGUGAUAGAAUUACUUUUCUAGCUAGAACUAAAGAAAUAUUGUUUUAUACAUGUUUGGCUGUAGUUUACAAAUAUUCACUACUUCCUUUUUAAAGCAUCUAAAACUUUUUCUUACAUUUUAAAAUCCUGCUGAGUGGUUUGAAAGCUUACACAGUAAUCAGAGCAGGGAGGAUUUGGGCUCCAGUGUCCAUAAAGGAAAAUGUUCUCUGAGCAUUCAUUUCCCAAAUGAAUGUGUGUGUCGGCAGGAAGGAUAGCGUAGUGGUCAACGUCAUCUUCAAAAUACAGUGCCCCAAAUGUCAUGUACGAUGUCACAGACCUGAGCAGUAUUGCCAGUGCGUUAGCUGUGGUGCAGGGGGUUUCCCUGCAGGGAAAAUCCCACCCGGCCCUUGGGGCUGUGGGGUCCAGGAGCGCAGCACUGGCCUCACCCCGCGCCCAUCCUUCUCCGUGGGUAGGGGUAGCUGACCCCGCGGCGGCAGCGAGGUGGGAAAGCUGCUGCGGCCGGGGGCUGUGCGUGUCCCCCUGCUGCAGGCACUGCCUCUGGGGUGGGGGGCGUGUGCCAGGGGCAGAGGCAGAUCCUGGGGGUCUGCAGGCAGGGGCUGUACUGUACCUCUCCUUCCCUGCGUGGCCGUCUCCCCCUGCAUGGCUGUGCACAGAGGUGGGAUGCCGCUGGUGCUCAUGUGCCCAGCCUGACAGCACCCUGGGGGGCUCCUGGGGCCGUACCCCCAAACCAGGAGCUCCUGUGGCCACCGCCAUGCUCACUUUUGAUCGCCCUCCUCCACUCCCUAACUUUUCCAGAGUGAUUAUCUCGCUGUCCGUGAAGUCCUGGGCGUUCUGUUCCCAUGGCCAGCAUCCGGGGGGAUGCAGGUGUGUGGGCAGCAGAGCCCAUCCAUCUCUGCCAGGUUUUCCGUAGCCACGGGGCUGCUGUCCUGGCCGGCGUCUCAUGGGGACUCUUGACUCCAAUGCACAUUUCAAUGCACUGAAACAAUUCGUGAUGUUCCCCCCUGAGUCCCUCUUUCCUCCCCUACCUCUGCUGUUCACUACAAACUGUUGCCUGGGUCUGGCAGAGUCCUUGGGUGCCUUCUCAAAAUUAGGCAUGUAUGUGCAAGGUGUUUUGUGUUGGGCCAGCCCUUCACUGGAGGCUGGGCUGUCUCAUGAGGUGUUGUACAGCAUCAGUGGGAAAUGAGAGCUUCUCUCCUGGCUCCUUCUACCUCUCUGACAUGCGGGGACCCCCUUGCACCCCCCUCACGGGCGGUGGAGGACGGCAGCCUCCCCGGAGGAGGGAGCCUCCCAUUUUCCACUCUUGUGUGCAGCUUUCCACUCCGUGCCCAUCCCCAGGCUCUGAAGACCAUCUUCUCUCGGUCUCCAACCCAAGGCCACACUCGGGAAUGGGCAGGAAGGGAAGCCCAGGUGAAGUUUAAAAGCUUUUUUUCCUUGGUCCUGCCCGGAGGUUACUCUUUAAAGUCUUCCCAUAGGGGUUCGUUCUCAGUGACGCGCGUUCGAGCCGCAUGCCUCAGUUAAGAAAACGCUGGAGAAAGCCAGGCGGUCUCCUGCGUGUCGCUGCUGGCAUCUGCAAUGCUCGGCAAGUGCUUGGGGACAAGUAGUACCCUCUCACCACCUUUGUCACCAGACCCCCGACUGGGAAGGUGGCGGAGUGGGUUCUGCGGGUGCUGGAGGGGUUCGCGAAGCCGCGCCGGCUGGUGUCGGACCCCUCGCCAACCUCUGAUCCUUACGCCCAGCCUGGAUCCAAGUCACAACACUAAUUGCUCCGCCCAGCUCCAGCCGCAGUUCCCGUUCGGAGCCUGACGCGGGGCCUUGGAGGGGUGACAGCCAUCCUCUGCCUUGGGAUCCUCUGAUGGUUUUUAUUUUUCCAAACUGGGCUAACACGUAACCUCCACUCCACGGCAUCUCUUAAUUUCAUACUCCAGAUCUCACAUCCUUUCCUAUCUGAUCAAAAGAAAAAUAAAUAGAUGAGAAAAAAGAGGACUCUGGGAAAGUAAACAAAGAUAAAAGAGGAAUGAGAAUUGUCUUGGCAUUAAGCUUACUUGAUAAGAAUUGUAGUAGACAAGUCUUCCUUGAAAUAUUUUUCCCUGUAAAAGCUGCCUUUUACUAUGUGUUUAUAAAAACAUUGUAAGGAGAGGUAGAUUUCAGAAAUGCCUUUUAAAUACUUUUUAAAGGUUUCUAACUCUCCCUGGUGCUAUUUUUUUAGGUUAAGGAUUUUUGAUGUCGAAAGUCUUGCGGGUUUUUAUACAAUCUUUUAAAAAUAAAGAAGUGUAUCAUUUUGUUGAACACAUUUCAUAUGCUUUUUGUAUCGGGAGGGCGAAAACUCAAAACUGUGCCUCGUUGAUGCAGUUUUACUGAUUUUCGUGCGGGAAAGAAAGGGGAUCCAUGUCAACGGCUUACCAUUUAUGGCCGUCUAAUUAAAAAAUAAGUAUUUCUGUA